GCCAAUUUGCCACCUCCCAAAAAAACCCAACCCAACUCUCUCUCUCUCUCCUUCGCCCUCACUGUAACUAAAAUGAUCAAAAACGAGCACCCAAAAAAAAGCGAAAUAAAAAAAAAAAAAUUGAAAUAAGAAAAUCGCUGUAUUACUGUGACGCCACCAUUAACCAGGCCACAGGUUGUAUAGUAUAACCAGAAAAAGUCCACACCCUUCUUUCUCUCUCUUUCCUCUUCUCUUCUUUCUUUUUUAUUUUCUCAAACUCUGAGAAAAAAAAAGAAAAAGAAAAGCUUUAAAAGCGUGGGCACUUUUUCCGAUGAACGCCAGGGACUGUAAUUACCGGUCGGAGAACUGACGCUUUUUAUUUUUAUUUUUAAUUUUUUUGAUUUUUUCCGGCAUGUCCGACAACGACGUUGUUUCGAGGACUUUCCGAGCUCUGGUAGAGAGCGCGGACCGGAAGUUCGCUAGGGUUCGCGACGUUCCGGCCUACGGACGAGUCCAGAACCAGCACUACUUUCACAAGGUGUUCAAGGCCUAUAUGAGACUUUGGAAGUACCAGCAGGAGAACCGUGGCAAGCUCGUCGAGUCCGGGCUUAACCGUUGGGAAAUCGGCGAGAUCGCUAGCCGGAUCGGCCAGCUUUACUUCGGUCAGUACAUGAGGACCAGCGAAGCAAGGUUUUUGGUGGAGGCUUAUGUUUUCUACGAGGCGAUUCUUUAUAGAAGGUACUUUGAGGGAUUCAAAGGUCCCGGUAAGGAUGUGGGGGUCAGGUUCAAGGAAUUAAGGUUUUACGCCAGGUUUCUGCUCGUCUCCUUGAUUUUAAACCGGACCGAAAUGGUUAAGCUUCUUGCCGACCGGUUCAAAUCUCUGGUUGAUGACAGCAAAGUGAAUUUCCGGGAGACAAACUUUAAAGAAUGGAGGCAAGUGGUACAGGAAAUUGUUCGAUUUAUGAAUGAUGACACUGCAUUUAUGAAUGUUAGACCAUUGCGAUAUUGUGCAACUUUUGACUCAUAUCCAGCCUCCCUUCCAUAUGUCGCUCGUUUUCAUGCAAAGAAGGUUUUGAAAUUUCAAGAUGCAUUGCUGACAAGCUAUCACCGGAAUGAGGUAAAAUUUGCUGAACUAACAUUGGACACGCACAGAAUGCUGCAAUGUUUGGAAUGGGAGCCAAGUGGAUCUUUUUACCAAAAGCGUCCAGCUGAAAUAAAAGAAAAUGGCAUUUCUUAUGAUCAUUCUGGUGCUUCUGGACUAAUUGAUAUGAACUUGGCCGCGGACAUGACUGAUCCAACUUUACCUCCGAAUCCAAGGAAAGCAAUUCUCUAUCGUCCCUCUGUGACGCAUUUAAUAGCGGUUAUGGCUACAAUAUGCGAGGAGCUCCCUCCAGAUAGUAUUAUGCUAGUAUACUUGUCAGCCUCAGGGAAGGCUAGUCGCAGUAAUGUUACUCAGACGGAAAGCUUAGGAGGGUCUCAGAAAUUGUCAAAAAACAAGGUUGUUUCUCUCCAUGAGCAGAAUAAUACUCUGCCUGAAUCUUGUGUAAACGACAAGGGGGAGUCGAGUGGCUAUUAUGACAAAUAUCUGUGGUUUGGACCUAGAGGAAAUAACGGUUUAAAUAAUCUGUAUCCUGGAGACAUAAUUCCAUUUACUCGUAGACCUCUUUUCUUAAUCAUUGAUAGCGACAACAGCCAUGCAUUCAAGGUUUUACAUGGAGCAGAAAGGGGAGAGAGAGCUGCUCUACUUCUUUCACCUUUGAGACCAGCAAACUUACCUGAUGCCAAUAUUGCACAAAAUGGAAGUCAGUUUACUUUUUUCUUGACUGCUCCUCUGUCAGCAUUUUGCCAAUUGGUUGGCCUCUCACCUCCAGAUACUGAAACAGAUGUUUACAGUGAUGCUGAGAAGAUACUCUCAACCGCCUUCUCUGAGUUGGAAGUAAUUCUUUGUACAUCAAAAAGUCUGGAUCUGGUUUGGGCACAAGUCUUAUCGGACCCUUUUCUCCGGCGACUUAUUUUGAGAUUCAUAUUCUGCAGAUCAGUGCUAUCAUUCUUCUGUUUGUCACAAAAUAGUGACCAGUAUCUCCCCUCUUGUCUGCCUCUUCUUCCCGAUUCAGUAUCUCCGGAUUCUGAAGUUAUGCAGGCUGCUGUUGUCAGGCUCGCAAAACACUUUAAAAUUGCUCACCGGUUUCAUUUUGGUGACAUGGAAUAGGUCGUAAUGUAGCAUUGCAUCUUUUUUGAGGAUCACCGUUUCAUCCAUUUGAUGGGAUGAUCAUUUAUAUCAUUUUUCUUUGGAACUCGAGAAGAUUAUAUAUCAGAUGAUGGGGCUUAAGCCUCCAAAGUAAGAGAAUACAUCAGGGCAUGGUUGCUUCUGCUCGUUUUUAUUGCCUACUUGCAACCUCAUCCAUUCUCAGUCUGUUUGCUCUGAUAUUAUAUGGUGGUUUGAUGUUGUGGGUGGUGUCUCAUAAUUCGGUAGGGUGUGUCCUAUAUGGGUUAAUUAUUGAAUCUUUUUUUCUCAGGUUACUUGUAAUUGUUCAUAUAAUAUCUUUGUAAAAGAAGUCAGGUAGUGGAAUUUGAGAUUUAUUGUUCUCCAUUUUGAGCGGCCCUUUUUUUGCAUAUAUUGUAGGAAAAAUUUGUGCAUUUAUGAUUGAUCAGGACGUAUAAAGAGACUCAAAUAGUGUUAGUAAAUUUGUAUCCAAAUUUUGAUCUUUACAACGUAUGUUUCUUAGAUUUGCAAGUUUUGUAAAUUAUGUACAUUGUAUCUAAUUUAUCUUUGAAUUUCAUUUUUACCUUAA